GGGACGGAGGAGAGGGAGGCAGGGAGCAAGCUUGGUGCUGCUUUCGUACUGAAGGGCCCCAUGGUGAUGCCCCUGGAGCACUUUCCCCUCGCAGCUUUGGGCUGUGCCUUUGAGGGGACCACGAAGUCUCGGCUGGGAGUCCACCAGGCAGUGCCCCAUGCACCCAGGAAUGGCUGUUACCUGAGGACAUCCUCCCUGCGUGGCUCAGACACCACUGCCGCUGACUUGCCUCCUUUGCUGUUCCUUUCCCAGUCCUCAGUAUGCUCCAAGAUUGUCCAGCUGCUGGGCCAGAACGAGGUGGACUACCGCCAGAAGCAGGUGGUGAUUGUGAGCCAAGACAGCUUCUACCGGGUCCUCACCUCAGAGCAGAAAUCCAAAGCGCUCAAAGGCCAGUUCAAUUUUGACCACCCAGAUGCCUUUGACAACGAGCUGAUCGUGAAAACGCUCAAAGAGAUCACGGAAGGGAAGACGGUCCAGAUUCCUGUCUAUGACUUUGUCUCCCACUCCAGGAAAGAGGAGACGGUGACUGUCUACCCUGCCGACGUGGUGCUCUUCGAAGGCAUCCUGGCCUUCUACAGCCAGGAGGUGCGGGAUCUCUUCCGCAUGAAGCUCUUCGUGGACACGGAUGCAGAUACUCGUCUGUCCCGCAGAGUGCUACGAGACAUCAGUGAGCGAGGCAGGGACCUCGAGCAGAUCUUAUCUCAAUACAUCACCUUCGUCAAGCCUGCCUUUGAGGAGUUCUGUUUGCCAACCAAGAAGUAUGCUGACGUGAUCAUUCCCAGAGGAGCAGAUAAUGAAGUGGCCAUAAACCUGAUAGUGCAGCACAUCCAGGACAUUCUUAAUGGAGGACUCAGCAAACGCCAGAGCAACGGCUACCUGAAUGGCUACACUCCUCCCCGCCAGCGGCAGCCCUCAGAGUCCAGCAGCCGGCCUCACUGACCCCCAGCCGGCAGCCCUGCCCCCGGGCAGCAGGCAUGAGGCUGGGGGCGGAGGGCGCUCGAGCCCUGCCACUGCCCCUCUGUACAUACUGUCUGUUCAUUCCCCCCUUAUCUAUUUAAGAAACCAGACGGAGACGAAUGCCUUUAAUUUUGUAUGUUGGAAAUGCCGAACGAGAAGCAGCCGGCUGCUCGGGAGCCUGGACCACCCACAGCUCCUGGCCUUGCUCAAUAACUCCUCCAGCACGGAACCGGCUAUAAAUCUCUAUAAAUAUAGAAUUGCUCUAUUUUUGUGUAAAUGCAGAAUAACGUAAAAUUACUUGCCAUCAGGUAUUUGCCAGGCUCAGUGUUGCUGGGAGGGGGCUGGGAAGAGGGUCUUGG